UUGUUUUAGAUUCCAUGGGAUUCCAUGGUAUAGAUCUGCACAGUAUUCCACAGUAAAAACAAAAAAUCAUUUAUUCCCUCAAUCUCAUAAUACUGGAACCUUGGGUUAUUUCCAAUUAUAUUAUAAACAUUAUGAGCAUUCUUGGAAAUCAUUGUGCACCUCCAUGAUCACUCUUCUUAGCAUAAAUCCUGAGUAGUGGAAAUGGGGAUACAGAACUGUGUCUUUAAAGUAUGGCUAGGAGUUGCCACGCUGUUUUUAGAUACUUCUGAUUGUUAACAAUCAGUGCAUGUGCCAUUCUUCCUGUCCUUCCCUCGCUCUGUGCUGCUGGCUCCCUCCAGUUGAGCUUCUCUUGGAGAAGCCGGGCCCCAGCGUCAGCCUGGGAACAGGGCCAGGCCAGGUGAGGACCUCCCACGUUCCCUGGGUGCCCGAGUCUCCAGGGGAAUGGGCCAGGCCAGAGCUAAGGAUGAGGUGGCUCUUGAAGACCCCUCCCCAUGAGCAUAAACUCUCUUCCUGUCCACUCCCCUGCCAGGUGCUGUCUCCCCUGGCCAAAAACCUCUUCCACCGGGCCAUCUCUGAGAGCGGUGUGGCCCUCACAGCUGUCCUGGUUAAGAAAGACAUGAAGGACACAGCUCAGCAAAUUGGUGUCUUUGCUGGGUGUAAAACCACCUCCUCAGCUGUCCUUGUUCACUGCCUGCGCCAGAAGACGGAGGAUGAGCUCUUGGAGACAUCGCUGAAGAUGAAAUUUUUCACUCUUGAUUUGUUUGGAGACCCCAGAGAGGUAAGAACUUUUGGUUUCUUGAUUACAGGUUUUAAGUCUUGA